AAAGACAAGCCUCACUGGUCCACGCCCAUCUCUCAUUAUGGAAGGUGGAGGCAGGAUUUCGGAUCCCAGGAAACUUCGCUAUCUGGGUGACUGCUGACUAGCCCCGUUUUCCCGUCUGAAAAGGGACACCACAGCUCACGGUGUUGUUGGUAUUGGAUGCUGCGAUUCCUUUGGAAGAACACACUGAGACCCCAUCAAAGGAGAAGGCCGAGGCAUACUUUCUCAUUCACAUGGUUCUCUCCAUUCACAGAGUGCUCACCCGUUUGGCAAGCAGUGAGGCCUGAGAGAAAGGAGGGUAAGACACCGACUGUCCCGGACAAGAGCCCUCCCUUUGCCAUUUGUCAAGCUCUCAGGCCCCUCUGCUAGGCGGCAGAGACGGAAAUACAGCGGAAGAGGACGCUCAGUGUCCUCUCUCUGUCCCCCAGCUUUGCAGAUUCCAGCAGGCCAGAUUCAGAUGGGCUUGGUGUGGCGGGUCUAGCUGGGGACUAAUGCCCCAGAACCUUCGAGAGAAGAGCCAGGCCUACCCCCGACACCGACCUGGUAGCAACCCUAAAAGUCUCCAAGCCGUCCCAGCAGCAACCAUGUACACUUUCCUGCCUGACAAUUUUUCACCUGCCAAACCCAAGGCCACCAAAGAGCUGAGGCCUCUGCUGGGCUCGGCGUUAUUGGGACUGCUGCUGGUGCUGGCGGCCGUUGUGGCCUGGUGCUACUACAGCGCCUCGCUGCGCAAAGCUGAACGCCUGCGUGCAGAGCUGCUGGACCUGAACCGUGGUGGCUUCUCCAUCCGUAACCAGAAGGGUGAGCAAGUCUUCCGCUUGGCCUUCCGUUCGGGUGAGCUGGACCUUGACUCCUGCAGCCGGGAGGGUGCCCUGCUUGGCUGCUCCCGAACGGCCGAUGGGCGCCCGUUGCACUUCUUCAUCCAGACUGUACGACCCAAGGACACUGUCAUGUGCUACCGCGUGCGCUGGGAGGAAACCGCACCAGGGCUUGCGGUGGAGCACGCCAUGUUUCUGGGAGACGCUGCGGCGCACUGGUACGGUGGCGCAGAGAUGAGGACGCAGCACUGGCCUAUCCGCCUGGAUGGCCAUCAGGAGCCGCAGCCAUUUGUCACGAGCGACGUCUACUCUUCUGACGCCGCGUUCGGGGGCAUCCUCGAGCGCUACUGGCUAUCUUCACGCGCGGCCGCCAUCAAAGUCAAUGAUUCGGUGCCCUUCCACCUGGGCUGGAACAGCACCGAGCGGUCGAUGCGGCUGCAGGCACGCUACCACAACACCUCUUACAAGCCACCAGCUGGCGGUACUGCAGCGCCAGAGCUCAGCUAUCGCGUGUGCGUGGGCUCAGACGUCACCUCCAUCCACAAGUACAUGGUUCGGCGUUACUUCAACAAGCCAUCCAGGGUACCAGCAGCAGAGGCCUUCCGAGACCCCAUUUGGUCCACGUGGGCCCUCUACGGACGCGCCGUGGACCAGACCAAGGUGCUGCAGUUCGCCCAGCAGAUCCGCCAGCACCGCUUCAACAGCAGCCACCUGGAAAUCGAUGACAUGUACACACCCGCCUAUGGCGACUUCGAUUUCGACGAGGGCAAGUUCCCCAAUGCCACCGACAUGUUCCGCCGCCUGCGGGAGGCUGGCUUCCGCGUCACGCUUUGGGUGCAUCCGUUUGUCAACUACAACUCGUCGCGCUUCGGCGAGGGCGUGGAGCGUGAGCUGUUCGUGCGCGAGCCCACCGGCCGCCUGCCGGCGCUGGUGCGCUGGUGGAACGGCAUUGGCGCGGUACUGGACUUCACGCGCCCGGAGGCCCGAGACUGGUUCCAGGGACACCUCCGGCGCCUGCGCUCACGCUACAACGUGGCCUCCUUUAAGUUCGACGCGGGUGAGGUCAGCUACCUGCCCCGGGACUUCAGCACCUACAGGCCUCUGCCCGACCCCAGUGUGUGGAGCCGGCGGUACACCGAGAUGGCGUUGCCCUUCUUCUCGCUAGCCGAGGUCCGCGUCGGGUACCAGUCACAGAACAUCUCCUGCUUCUUCCGCCUGGUGGACCGCGACUCGGUCUGGGGCUACGACCUGGGGCUGCGCUCUCUUAUCCCUGCCGUGCUCACGGUCAGUAUGCUGGGCUAUCCGUUCAUCCUGCCGGAUAUGGUGGGUGGCAACGCGGUGCCGGAGCGCACAGCCGGCCGCCAAGAUGGCCCGGGGCCGGAGCGCGAGCUCUACGUGCGCUGGCUGGAGGUGGCGGCCUUCAUGCCUGCCAUGCAGUUUUCAAUCCCGCCCUGGCAGUACGACGCAGAAGUGGUAGCCAUCGCACACAAGUUCGCCGCCCUGCGCGCCUCGCUCGUGGCGCCGCUGCUGCUCGAGCUCGCCGGUGAGGUCACCGACACUGGCGACCCCAUCGUGCGCCCCCUGUGGUGGAUCGCACCGGGGGAUGAAACGGCUCACCGCGUCGACUCGCAGUUCCUCAUUGGGGAUACGCUGCUGGUGGCGCCGGUGCUGGAGCCUGGUAAGCAGGAGCGCGACGUCUAUCUGCCCGCCGGCAAGUGGCGCAGCUACAAGGGUGAGCUUUUUGACAAGACGCCGGUGCUGCUCACGGAUUACCCGGUCGACCUGGACGAGGUCGCCUAUUUCACCUGGGCGUCCUGACCCACUUCAGGACCUAGGGAUCCCACAGUCCUAACCCCAGCAGCCUUCAUGCAGAGUUUUAAUCCUUUACCACACCCGAAUGGUGCACCCUCAGGAAGUCCCCACCUCUCUUCCGCCUAGGAAAUGGGCACUGAUGUAAAAGUGCUCCAGCCAACAGCUGUAGGUGAGACCUGGGAAAAGUACCGAAAAAACCUCUUCCUGUCCCAGUGCACAAUCCUAACAGCCCCCAUGCCGGCCCGGACAUUGACUCCGAGUCUUCAGACACCUCUCCCCUGGGUUGGAGGCUCGAGAUCUCAGAGGACAAAGGUCUGUUCUUUCUGUUACACAGGGUCUGGUUUUAAAAGCACACAGAGAAACCUCUCCGUUCCCUGGCCUUUGUAGCCACAUUUGUCCUCUGAGACAAGGAACGGAUUCUUUUCAGAAGUUCCCAAAUAGUUUCCUACCAUAUUUAGAAAAUGUACCUUUAGCUGGGCGGUGGUGGCGCACACCUUUAAUCCCAGCACUUGGGAGGCAG